AUGGCAACCAUCAGUACCUUCUUCCGCCUCCUCCUACUGAUCUCCUUCGUGCCAGCCAUUGUCCCGCAGGAUACUGUCUUUGAUGUCGAGUUGGUCCACCGUGACUCCCCCAAGUCGCCACUAUACAAUAGCUCGAUGACGCCCUUCGAUUCCCUGCAGGCUGCUGUUGUCCGCUCGAUCAACAGAGCUAGCUACUUGGACACCUCCAUCGACAUAGAUCUUGGAUUGCUUAGUCAUGACGGGGAAUUCAUGAUGAGGUUCAGCAUUGGCACGCCAAACCUGCAAUAUGUGUGGGGUCUUAUCGACACCGGCAGCAGUCUAAGCUGGGUCGAUUGCGUUGGCUGCCAAUGCUUCAACAAUACUGCCACCCUAUUCAAUCAUACUGCAUCCCUCUCCUACAAGAAGUUAUCUUGCAUUUCUAAUGAGUGCAGAAGCUUUAGCCAGGGUCGUUGCAAUGAUGAUCAGAUGUGCAAGUACAAUAUCGCCUACGGUGAUGGCUCCAACAUCAAUGGAAUUUUCUCCUCGGAAACCUUCAGUUUCACCUCAUUAGAUACCAAGCAAUCUACAUCCAUUCCAAAUGUGUUAUUUGGUUGCAACUUCUGGUCCUUGAUAACUAAAGUAAAUGACCCCGGCAGCAUCAUUGGGUUGGGACCUAGGCCGCAGUCUUUGAUCAACCAGCUUGCCCCUAAGUACAUCAGCAAGUACUUCUCACACUGCUUGGACAUGCUCGAUACGGGAGUCAAUAGCAGACUCUUCUUGGGACGCAGUAAAAAUACGGUCAUCGGAAAGACGACUGUCACGCCGCUCAUGACGCAAAACGGCUUCUAUGCCGUGCAGCUUAACGCCAUCUCGAUCCCGGAUGAGUUCGACAUCUUGAUUACUAGGAAAUCCAAGUUGAGUGCCGGGAACAUCAUCUUUGACUCCGGCACCUACAUGACCAUGCUAGACACUCAAGUGGUGGACCAGUUGGUAAGGGCAUUGACGGAUUAUGUUAGCUUGCCGACUGUGGAGAAUAGCCACUACAAAUUGUGCUUCACUGUGCUCUCGACAGACCAAGAGGAGAUGCUGCCGGGAAUGUGGUUCUCAUUUGAAGGGACAUUGGGGAACUUCAUGGAAGCAGAAAAAUCAAACAAUAUUGCUCUAAAAGACAAGAAGGAUGAAUUAGAUGUCGACACCUCCUUCAACGAUGAUGAAGCAACAUAUAUGGCAAAGAAAAGAAGAGUAAGGAAGAUAAGAUGCUAUAAUUGUAAUGAAGAAGGACACAUCAAGGAGGGCUGCUCAAAGAUGAAGAAGAAGGACGACAAGAAAGGAUCAAGUACAACAACAAAGUACAAAAACCUGAAGGUGACUUGGGACAAGUUAUCAUCAAAAUUUUAUUUGGAGGAGUACGUUGGACUUGCACCGAUGACAAGUCAUCAGGAGGAGAGCAUAGAUGAAGAGGGAGGCUCCUCAGAAGAAAGUUACGGCGAGGAGGAAGAAACAACUUCAGAGUAG